AUGGUGGGUGGAUUUCGGCGCAUGCUUCGUGGGAUCUGUGACGGUGAGAUUCUGCUUAAUGGCCAACUAAAGAUCCAGGGCAGCGGCGCAUGCUUGAACCACAUCUUGUCGACCCACGGGGACUUCAACGACAAGUCAUUCCUCGAGCUGCUGGUGGAUUCCGAGCAGGAACAUGACCGCUUCCAUUCCUUCAUUGCCGCUGAGAGGUGUGUGGAGCCAGACAUGCAAAGUGGCAUGCCGCCGUGCCUUCGCGUGUCAUUGAAAGGCGGCGCCAACACGCGUGUCGGGGUCGACAUCUUCCAUGUAUCGCUCUCCAACCUCUAUGGCACGGGGGAUUUGUUCCACCUCUUGGCCAUGAGACAGGAUAGCGAGCCGCAGCCUGUUCCGGACGCACAGGUUGAGGACAUCCCGCGCAGGGCGAUCAGCCAGGCCAUGGCCAGGCAAAUGAACGGAUCCCACCGAGCUCCUUCAUGCGACUCUGGCACAUCUGCAUGCUCCAUUCUGCAAGCAUCCCCACAUCUCGCCGAGAUGAUGUUCCUGAUUGACGCCAGCAAGAAACACCAACAUGUGCGCCAGGUCCAUUUGAAGUAUGAGGAAGUUUCAGACAGCACCGACAUGCCAAGCCUUCGCAAGUUCAUCCGGCCCACGGAUUGGGAGUCGGUCCGAUCCAAAGUCAAGCGAUAUGCCGAGGAGGCUUCCGCACAUAGGGAGACAACGGAGCCGAAGUAUCUGCGCCCAGGCCUAUGCUUUCGGGUGCUGGACGAUCCCCGGAAGUACAUGUUCGCACGCGUGGCCAAGCUCUCUGCCCGUGCGGAUAGCGGGCAGGGCCAUGUCUGGCUUUACCUGACGGAUUUCAUGGCGCCGGAGUGCCGCGCCCCAUCGGUUGAUCUCGAGGGCAUUUCUGAGGCGCAGGGCUGA